GUGGUGCCAUGGCAGCAGCGGACCGGGCCGGCAGAUACGCGGCGUGCCGCCUCCGGGCCGGGAGAGAGGGAGCUGUCGUCUCCUGGCCCGGGGGAGCGGCCGGCAUCAUGGAAUGAAGUGGAAGUCAGCUGAACUAAUGUGCACGCUACUGAGACGAAAUGACAUUCAUGUUUGUGAUGAAUGGAAAUCAUGGCAGCAUCUAACAUGGGAGGAAAAGACAUGAAUGGACAAUGUGGCGUGACUCACUCAGACUGCAAAUCUUCUGCCUUCUUAUGGCAGUACUGGCUGUUGUGGUGCUGGUCCAUAACUUUUUUCAGUUAGAGCACCUGGAUGACUACACAGUUUCAGGAUCAAAUUGGAUAACGGAGAACAAUGACCAGCCUUCUCUAUCACAGACAACUAAAACUACCAGGAAGCCUUACUGUGGUUAUGAGCAGCAGACUUUGUCCAAAAGAGAACGAGCUGAACAGGAAUCAUUGCUUGCUGCACUACAAUGGCCGAAACCCCCUGACGGCAAAAUUGCUUUUUUACAAAGCACUGAUCCAGUACAUAGUGACUUUGUGAUUGUGAAGCCCAGCAGGUUCUUCAAGGUGGGUGACCAGUUAGAGGUGGUUGUUCGUGUGAGGGAUUUCCAAGGAAAACCCAAGCAAUAUGGUGGAGACUAUCUACAGGCACGAAUCCAUUCUCCUGUGCUGAAAGCUGGAGCAAUAGGAAGGAUUGUAGACUGCCAUAAUGGCCUUUACAAAGUCUUUUUUACGUUACUUUGGCCAGGAGAGGUCAAAGUAUCUGUGACUCUCGUUCAUCCAAGUGAAGCAGUCCAAGUCCUCCUGCAUUUACGAGAAGAAAGGCCUGACAGAGUUUAUUUCAAAAGCUCAUUCAAGUCUGGGAGGUUUUCAGAAACUACUGAGUGCAAUGUAUGCUUGCCUGGAGAUCUUCCAGUCUGUAACUUCACAGAUCUCUACACUGGUGAGCCCUGGUUCUGUUACAAGCCACGAAAACUGUCCUGUUCCAGCCGAAUCAGCCAUGCCAAAGGUGGAUAUCAAAAAGGCCUUCUGACACAUGAAGAAAGCCUCUUUUUCCAAAGUGAUGUGAACAUCAAAAUGCCCAUACUCUCCAGAGGACCUGACUCGGUGAUUGUAAAGCCCAAGGCAUUUACAGAUUCAAGCAAUAUGGACAGGGCUGAAGAUCCCACAGUUUCUCCUUCUGGUUAUUACUAUGAAGAUCUUUGGAGGCCAAGAACACACUGGAUUUAUCAUUUUAACAAGUCAGAUGAUAUAAGCAAGUGCUUGCAAGGAAAAGUAAUCCACUUGUUUGGAGACUCUACAAUAAGGCAGUGGUUUGAGUAUCUGACUGCAGCUGUUCCAGAUCUAGUGGAGUUUAAUCUGGGGAGCCCUAAGAAUGUGGGCCCUUUUAUGUCUGUGGAUCUGAAGCACAAUAUCCUACUGAAGUUCCGCUGUCACGGACCACCCAUUCGCUUUACGACAGUCUUUACAAGUGAACUGCGCUACAUUGCUAACGAACUGAAUGGCAUCGUUGGGGGGAGAAACACUGUGAUAGCCAUAACUAUAUGGUCCCACUUCAGCACUUUCCCUGUGGAAGUGUAUAUCAGGAGGCUGAGGAACAUUCGGAGGGCAGUUAUUCAACUGCUGGACCGCAGCCCCAAGACUUUAAUCGUCAUCAGAACCGCAAACGUUCAGGAGCUUGGGCCAGAAAUGAUGUACGUAUAUUUGGAGAGGUGUGAUCUGUGCAAGUGGCUCAAGCUUGGCACCAGACCCGCGGAGCAGCACAUGGGGGGAGGAAAGCAGCACAGAGGGCCGUUCCAGGGGGUCCGCGUGAAGAACUCGGUGAAGGAGCUCCUGCUGCACUUCAGGAGCAGCAAGCAGAUGUCCUCGGGCCCCGCUGCGGAUGAAGGCAAGGCACAAGGAGGAUUGGUGAAUUACGAACCGUAUACAGCAGAGUUGAAGAGCGUUCUAGGUCAGGGUGGCAAAAGAAAGGCUCCUGAGCUCCUUUCUGAUGGACCUCCUUUCAAACGCCAAGUUAAUGUUCACCCACAUCUCCUGACACCACCCCAGACCCCUACUUCAAUGGAUAACAUGGAAGAGACGCAUAAAAACGAACCAAAGCAUGACAGCAGUUCUGAUCUGCUUCAGAACAUCAUAAACAUUAAGAACGAGUCCAGCCCUGUUUCCCUGAAUACCGUGCAGGUUAGCUGGUUGCACGGUGUCUCCAGCCACAACUCACCUGGCGAACAAUACCACGACAGUCCGGGAGCACAGGCUUUCUCCCCACCCCAGAAGUACCAACCAUUCCAAGAUCACGCCUCCCAGAAUAUGCUUGAUCCUCCGCAGCAUUACCAGUUUCCUUCAUCGCAGAACCAGGAUUUGUCACAGAACUACACUUCGGAUGCAUCUCUGGAGUACAGGCCAUUUUCUGCCAAUGAUCAGUCUCCAGGCUACCACCAGCACGCCUUCGAGGGCCAUGAACUGCAGUAUUGCCCGUCGCAAAGUUUCUCCUCCCUCCUGAACGAUUCUGAAGGCUCGGAGAACAUCUCUGCUCCCCUCCAGUCCUUGACCAGUGCCCACCCGCAGGCUACUGUCAGCCCCCACGCCCAGAACUUCAGCCUGGCUCCCAAUAAUGUCUGCAGUAGUCUUGAACGCAGUGUCUCUUUGGCCACUUUAAAUGUCUCUCUACCACCCCAAAGUGUUGCCAGAAACACAACGCAGUUGGGCAAGUCGUUUUUCCAGUGGCAAGUGGAGCAGGAGGAAAACAAAUUGGCAAACAUCUCUCAAGACCAGUUCCUAGCAAAAGACUCAGAUGGAGACACCUUCCUUCACAUUGCUGUUGCCCAGGGCCGACGAGCUCUCUCCUACGUUCUUGCGAGGAAAAUGGCUGCUCUGCAUAUGUUGGAUAUUAAAGAGCACAAUGGCCAGAGUGCUUUCCAGGUUGCUGUGGCUGCCAACCAGCAUCUCAUUGUGCAGGAUUUGGUUAGCCUGGGGGCUCAAGUCAACACCACAGACUGCUGGGGUAGAACGCCAUUGCAUGUUUGUGCUGAGAAGGGGCAUGCCCAGGUCCUUCAGGCGAUCCAAAAGGGGGCCAUGGGUAGCAAUCAAUAUGUGGACCUUGAGGCAACGAACUAUGACGGUUUGACAGCCCUGCACUGUGCUGUUCUGGCCCAUAAUGCUGUGCUGCAUGAACUACAAAACUGUCAACCACCUCACUCCCCUGAGGUUCAGGAACUUCUGCUGAGAAACAAGAGCCUGGUCGAAACCAUCAAGACUCUGAUACAAAUGGGAGCUUCUGUUGAAGCAAAAGAUCGCAAAAGUGGCCGCUCCGCUUUACAUUUGGCAGCAGAGGAAGCGAAUCUGGAGCUCAUUCGUCUCUUCUUGGAGCUGCCAAACUGCCUCUCUUUCGUUAAUGCAAAGGCUUACAAUGGCAACACAGCACUCCAUGUGGCUGCCAGCCUGCAGUAUCGGGUGAGUCAGCUGGAUGCAGUUCGCCUGCUAAUGCGAAAGGGAGCUGAUCCAAGUGCCAGAAAUUUGGAAAAUGAACAGCCAGUUCACUUGGUUCCUGAUGGCCUUGUAGGAGAACAGAUAAGACGUAUCCUAAAAGGGAAGACAGUUCAACAGAGAGCGUCGCUGUUUUGAGCUCCAUGUUACUUGGAGUUACCGUACACUCACUGUCAGUCAGGCAGUCCUAAUGUAUCUGUAAAUAGACCAUUUGCCUGGUGUUGGCAAAUGUUAGUUGUUUCUAUGAAACAAAAGUAUUUUGUUCACUAUCAUAUAGUGGGUUAUGUAAGUUUAGGGAAAAAAAAAAACAAAAACAAACAAAAAAAAAAAGCCAUAACAAUCUAACAAACCAACAAUUAAAUUCCUCUGAGCAGAUGGGAAUGUUUCAUUCCCAAGUAUGUGGAACCUUUGCCUGGAUACCUGGAUUUUAUAGCUAUGACAAGCUAACUUCUGGACAAAGAUGAUUCUACAGUCAGUCUUGUUUGGAGAUGGCUGAUAUGUGACAACACUGCAGAGUUUUUUGUCUGUGAUAACACUUCAAUAUUAAGUGUAAGAGAAAUAUAUUUUUUUUUCAAAUGGGAAUUUUAUUUAUAUACCUUUGUGGCUUCCUUCCAGUAUCCUGUGCAUGAUUGUAUAUAAUCAUUGGCAUUGUUGUACACUUGUAUAGUUCCGAGCAUCUAUGAGUAGAUUGGGAAUGAACUGAAGAAGAAAUGAGUUGGCUUGAACUCCUAAAUCACAUAUGAAAUUUUAAUUCUACACUGGGGCAAAAAAGAACAGUUAAGAGGAAUUGUCCCUAGCACUGAUGUGUUCAUACUUUUGGAGCUGUUAAUAAAACCUGAGAACCAUGCUUAUUCAGGGGACAGUAUUGGGUGGUUUUGUACCCAGCAGAGGGGUUUUCUUUUGUCUGGACAGUAGAUUGAGGGAGAAAUAUUGUGAUUUACAUAGUGUAUAUAACUUUGUCGUAUUUUAAGGAUUAUGAUCCUGAUUCACUGGAGAUAAUUAGCAUGUACUUAGCUCUUGAUGUGUGUUGAAAUCUCUCUUUGUUGAUUGUGAUACUUAACUGUUUGUAAGCCCCGCUAGUGUCAGUAGAGCUUGAGCACAUGCCUAAGUUGUCUGCUGAAUUGGGCUCUAGUCGAUUCUAGAGAUCUAGCAUUUUUCACCUAAGCAGAGUUAGUCCAUUUAUGGCUUUACCUUAUAGGUAUUGUAGAGAGCCAAUUGAAACUAAUGUUUUUCUAUUUUUAAUAAUUAUAAAUAUUAAUGCAAAAUGUGUACUAAUUAUACUGUAUACUUGUGUUCUGUUGGAGAAAGCUUCCUUCUCUCAUCAAUUUCAUAACAAUCCAUGCUGGGCUGUAAUCCCAGCAAUAUGUUCUCCUAAUGGUCUUUGCUCUUAGCCUGUUCUCGCAUCACACACGAUUCUCUGCCAUAGCCAUUAGUCUGAUUGUGCUGUUGUGACAAAAUGUGUCUUGUAGGGAAGCUAAGUGGGAAAAUCUAAUAUGCUGAGGCCGAGCUGUGAUGUGUUUCUUGAAGGGUUUAAUGUAUCUUGUUUGAAUAAACAUGUUAAUUACA